AGAUUAACACAUUCAAUGCCACCACGAUUUUCUAAUACUUCCCAGCGAUGCCGCCCUAUAAAAAACGCAAACAUGCUAGGUGUGCUCGCGGCACUGCAGGAUGGAAUUACGUAGCACGCUAGGCGUGUUCACCGGCACUGUUAAGAGGUAAAAUCAAAGAAAGCGUUAUUUCGGCUUCAACCGUGUUUAUUGAUCAGUCUUUCUCGAGUUACUGAAGAGAUAUUUUGUUUUUAGCAGUGUUUGUGCUUUUGAAAGUUAAAUUAUGGCAGUUAGUAGAUUCCAAGGGAAAACAAAAUAUGUGCAAGAAACAGUGGAAUAUGAUGAUGAUGCGACGCAAGCAGAUAGCCCACCCUCACAAAAACGCCCAAAAGUAGGAGAAUACAUCGCGAACGCAUCAAGCUCACCGAACUCAUCGCAAGAUAUAUUUACAGAACUACAAAAAAAUAAUUGGCAAGCAACUGAAGUAAAUGGUAUUCCUACUAGGGACUUUAUUUAUAAACGAUCGCCAAACGUAUCUAAUAUUAGCAGUGCCCCGCGGUUUUACCCACGUCUUACGGGAACCAUUUACUUUUUAGGGAUAAAAAGUAGCCUAUAGCCUUCCUCAAUAAAUGUGCUAUCAAACACCGAAAGAUUUUUUCAAAUGGGCCCAGUUAUUCCUGAGAUUAGCGCGUUCAACCAAACAAACAAACUCUUCAGCUUUAUAACAUUGGAAUAGAUCCUGGGCAGGGUUUUGUCUUCUUCCGAUGAAUGAAAAGAUAUUGGUGAAAGAGAGAGAAGGAAACAGAUCCGAGUUACACAACAGCUGAUAAGCGUUUAUAAUUAGGUACCUAAAGGGGUACAUUAUAGGUAAAUAUUUUAUGCAAUUUAUUUUAUCUUUUUUGUUCAACCUAAGUGCCAAGGAAUAAAAUAAAUGAUAACUUAUAAAAAAUAUUCUAUAUUUUAUUAUUGGCAUUAUAAAUGUAGUAAAUUGACCUAAUAAUAUAAAAGAUUGAGAACUGCUGGAGAUGAACACGCCUGGUAUGUUCGCGGCAUUACAUAAUAGAUUAUUUUUGAUGAACCUUAAAAAAAUAUCAGAUCCUGGAACCACUUCAGAAUACUUUAGCUUACGGCAGAAAGUUUAUGCUCAGAGUCUUUCGGACAAUAAUAUUGUCUAAUCUUUGAGAUAUAGAUGAAAAACGGUGAGCACGCCCGGCGUGCUGGCGGCAUGCAGAUAAGAAUUAGUGUGGACACGCUAGGCGUGUCAAUGGCACUGAAUGUGUUAAU